CAAGUUAAACCAAGAUCUCUUAAAAAAAGCCAUCGCCGACGUGUUCGAAGGCACAAAAACGAAAAAAAGAAAAUUCGUUGAGACGAUUGAGCUGCAGAUCGGGCUGAAGGAUUACGACACGCAGAGAGACAAGCGUUUUUCAGGAACGGUCAAAUUAUCAAAUGAAGUGAGAAAAAAACUGAAGGUAUGCAUACUGGGAGAUGCUGUACACGUGGAGGAAGCACAAAAAUUAGAAUUAGAUUAUAUGGACAUAGAAGCUAUGAAAAAAUUAAAUAAAGAUAAAACAUUGGUUAAAAAGUUGGCCAAAAAAUAUGAUGCAUUUUUAGCAAGUCAGGUUAUCUUACCACAAAUUCCCAAACUUCUUGGUCCAGGUUUAAACAAGGCGGGAAAAUUUCCUUCCCUAAUUACACACAAUGAUAAAAUAAAUGAUAAAAUCUUAGAAUUAAAAUCUUCCAUAAAAUUUCAACUCAAAAAGGUUUUGUGCAUGGGUGUUCCUGUUGGUCAUGCCAACUUGAAAGAGGAGGAACUCAGAUCCAACAUUGUGCAUGCCAUAAACUUUUUGGUUUCUCUUUUGAAAAAAAAUUGGCAAAAUAUUAGGACGCUGCACAUUAAGAGCACCAUGGGAAAGCCCCAGCGAAUUUACGGCUAA